AUGGAUUGGAUUACAGCAUUACAGAUUAUUCUUAUACUUACAUCAUCGGUCGAUAGCGAUGUAUCACUCGAUCAUUUUGUAGCUAAUUUGACUAUUGCCUAUCGGCUAAAAGUAGAUGCAGCGAAAGCACAAUUCCCUCAAUUGAAAACACCAGGAAAUUUUAUGAAUAUGAAUGAUGUAAAAAAUUCAUUUGCUAAUAUUCGUCGUUAUACAGCUUCUGACGUUCAAGUAACUUCAAGUAAAUAUGGAUGGUCAGUUUUUACACCAAAAAAUCCACAAGAUGAUUCGACAACAAUAACAGUUAUCGAAUGUGUGUUUCUCAUAACGGGAGUGAACGUUGCCUAUAUAAGAGUUACAUAUACUGAUCAACAUCAAAUUCAAUUGUUACAUCCGGAGACAGGGGCUCUUUUGCAAUUUUCAUCAGCAAGCAAUUUAUCCGUUUAUGGUCUUCCACCGUUUCACGCCACUGCUCUUUUAAUCGAAUUUUUUCCCGUAGAAGGACAAACAAUACAGACAGAAACAAUUGUAAUUGGUCUAGUUUGUGUGUUUGAAGUUGGCUUAAUUCAAGCAGCUACUCCGAUGGCACCGAUUGCUACACAAACAUCGGUAGUUACUGAUGCUAUAAACAUUGACGACAAUCGACAUAGACAAGUAACGACUAGCGCCGAUGAAAGUGUCGGAGUUAAUAGCACAGAAGGUAGCGGUGGCACAGUCACUGAGUCACCUUCAAUUCAACAGACUACCACAGAAUAUAAAGUGCAAAAGAUUACGCGCACAGCCCCAUCUAAAGGAACUGGUACAACAAAUUGCCAACAAGAGAGUAAUCCAAAUGUUGUUCUGACAGAUGGAGAUGAUGGAUCUUCUUUCGCUUACCUUGAUAUCCAAAAGAUAUUUGUGGACAAAGUGUCUGUCAUUGAAGCUAUUCAAGUAGACGGCGUAACUAGUGCAGCAAUUGCAUUUUUGGGUCCAAUGAAAGAGAUACUGGCUGGUCCGUAUGAAAUUAAGGGACAGGUUCCUCUCCAAGGUGUUCCGGCUUUAGCUGUAAGUUGGAUUAAUGUGAUUGUACCGCCCAAUAGUGAUCAAACAGCAAUUGCUGUUAAUGUAACAUACCUUGUGUGUUUCGAAGAAGGGAUAGCCGUUGAUAUUCCACCAAUGGAUACCACAUCAGGCACAGAUUUAGGUGCUAUAGUAAAGACAACGCGGCAUUCCAUUGUACACAACUGUGUCAAAUAUAGAUUGAUGCAGAAUUCAACAUUUCUGGAAAAUCCGAGAAGCGACGUUAAUAUAACUAGUUAUAUUCGAAUUCCCCUUUCAAUCGCUCAGGAUCCAGUAUUGAAAUCAGUUAUUGUAAAAGGUCUGAAUGUUGGUUUUAUGAUCGUUUCAUGGGUUGAUACCUAUCAUAACAUACUGUCAGACCCUGCCACGGGACAAACUAUGACAUACAGUCAAUUGGUAGAUGAUUCUGGUACAGUAGCAAUGUAUUUUCUACGUGUAACGCUCUCGACAUCAAGGAUCAAAAUCACAGUUGGCCCAAGAUCUUCUGUGGGAGGUCUACCUUCUAUUACUAAAAUGAACUUUUUGGCAUGCUAUCCAAAAUCGCCACCAUGGGGGGGCUUUACAAAUCCAUCGCUAACGUACCAGGCAACCAACAGUCAAUCUUUUGCUCCACAACCUGCAUUCAACAACAUCACAACAAUUCAACCAUUGGCUACAAAACAACCGACAGUAGUAACAGAUGCGUCGGUUACUCAAUCUCACUUUGCAACAACGAUCCAAUCGAUAACACAAAUAUCUCGACUUCAAGGUACAGACGUUCAAACGUUUACCAGUAGUUUUGAUUCGACAACUGUUAACUGCAAUGAACACGGCGGUCUUCUUGGAACGGGAACUUAUCCUACUAAUUUCGAACAGGGUACAACACACACCACUCACAAACCUUUCAAAUCGCAGUCUGAAUCACACAAAUCCAUAGCGGCUACGAAGAGUCCAACGUACACGACCGUAAUGUCCCUUCCUGGUCAUGUCUGUUUAAAUCAAGUGCCCUUAUUUGGUAUUUAUGCAAUGUGGAUAUUGGAUGUAACUGUAUCUGCUAAUCAUAAAAAGCCACUUGACUUCAUUAAUCCUGGUAGUGGAUCUGGAAUAACAUUUUAUUCAAAAGAACCACAAGCAAUUAUAUUUACGUUAGCUUAUUCUGCUAUAAUCAGUUAUUUUAAAGUUCUGUCAUCGAAUUUAAAUUAUUUCAAUAUUACGUACCAUAAUGAAUUAGGCGAUUUCCUUGCUCAUCAGUUAUCAUCAUUUGGCUUGAAUCCGAUGGUCACUGGACUGUCCGAUAUCUACGUGUCAAGUAUAAUUCUCACAUUAUUAUCUACACAGGAUGAACUCCCGCCAGCAGAUGUGUCCGUAGAUAUGGGAGCGUGCGUUUUAUAUUCAGCAUUGUCAAGUACAACAGUAAGCAAUAAAUUUUACAUAACCAAAAACUUUCGGCAUUUUAGGUAUUUCCAAGUUCAUCUUUUCUGUUAUAUUCGCAAAAAUUGAAGAACUUCACUUUUAAGAUUCGUAAAGCACGCAGAUAAGGCGUACAUCUUCAUCGACACGCGAAGACAAUUCAUUGUUAUAAAUAUACUUUGGCAACACUCUGAUUUUCUCUCACUUUUUUCAGCUCAGUCACAAACCGAAGCACCUGGUUUCAUCACUAAAACAAUGUUAAACCUUCUUGUUUCUUAUAUAACAUACUUCCAUGAAUAUAUGAAAGAGUUUCCAUUCGAGUUCGUCAUUGAUUAAUUUUCAGACAAUGAUCUGAUCCAUUUACUUGAUAACCCAAAGACGUCAAAAUGGCAAGAAACAUAGGCAAUUUACUAUGCAGAGUAACUAAACAAUGUUCGUUUCAAUAAAAGCUCACCAAAACAGAAAAACACUGUACUGCAUAUAUAACACCCAAAUCCUUCUUAGGCAUAUCUUUAAUGAUCGGCCCACCUGUCUCGAUACUCUGACCAACUCACUUUGUACAGAAUUUCACGGGCUUCGUAAUGAUAUACAAUAUCUCUAUGUACCUUGGCUCUGAACCUGGAAAAAGGCUCUUUUACUAUAGAUACCACAUGAGAAAACAAUUAACUUACUGAAACUUAUUUCAAAAACAACUAACGAGAGAACUAUCCCAAGUGUUAAUCACAGAUGCUAACAAGAGGUACCCCAAUCGAUAGAGCUCGACGAGCUGAUUCUAGUGGCAUAAAGCAUUUUUCCCAAUGUUUCUUGAAGACCCAGUUUUCUAGAAAAUCAGUUUUUCAGAAACAUUAAAAAAUAGCCAAAACAUUUUUAAAUAAGAUAUAAUUGUAGCGCGCACAUUUCUGAUUAAAAUGAGACAUUCUCCAGCUCUACAUGACGUUUAUUUGCAAAGUUAUAGAAUUUACAAGAAAAGCCCUAAAUGUUCAUAGUCGGCUCAAAGCUACAGAAAUAAGAAGAAAUUAAUUCAGGGCUUUUCUUGUAAAUUCUAUAACUUUGCAAAAAAACGUCAUGUAGAGCUGGAGAAUGUCUCAUUUUAAUCAGAAAUGUGCGCGCUACAAUUAUAUCUUAUUUAAAAAUGUUUUGGCUAUUUUUUAAUGUUUCUGAAAAACUGAU